AUGAGUGUAGAAAACAGUCCUGAGAUGUCCCUAACGUUCACACAGAGUUUGGUAGCUAAAUUCAUGCUGCUCGACGAUUUAUUAAAGGGCCUAAUCUUUGGUGUAGGUGCCGUCAUUGUGGUGAUACUAACUGCCAUCUUUCUCAUUAAGAUUAUGCUUAUGAGCCAAGAGGGUCGCGAGCCGGAAGUUGAAGCGUCGCAUAUUGAUGGCAAGAAGGAACUACGGUCAAGUGCAAAGUCCACCUCGAUUGCCAGCCCAGCAGAAGAAGAAAACCCACACGCCCAUUUAUUGUCGAGGAAAGUGAUUCCACUGAGGUCUACCACGGACUACGAAGAGGAAAUUGAGAUCUCUGUUGUGGAAGAAGAUUAG